CCGGAGCUUCAGAAACCAAACGGGACUUUCAGAGAUGAACGACUGAAGGAGAAGCAGCGACAGAGAAUAUCUUUCUGAAGCUGGUCAGUGCUGACCGUCUGACUGCACUGCUGGGCAGAAGCUGAGAGGAGGUUUAUAGCCACAGAGGACGACCUUCAGAUGGAGACUGACCUGAAUUCCAAAAGCUUCAGGGUGGUCCUCUGCCUCUGCCCACCAGAGCACACGGAAUCAGCUGAGCCGCAAGUGUCUGUCAGAGUUUCAGGGCUGAACUCGGUCACUGCUGAAACCGGCAGGGGUCAUCGUGCUCAUGUUCUGGACUUUGACGCUGUUUGGAGUGAAGGAGCUUCUCUCAGAGACGUCUAUGAGUCAACAGCCAAGCCCCUGGUGGAAUGGGUGAUAAGGGGGUAUAACGGGUCUCUGAUAUUGUACGGUCCCUCCAGCAGCGUGGACCCCCAUUCAGUUCAGUCCAGCAGCUGCAGACUGAGGGGCAUCAUCAGUCGGGCUGCUGACCAGAUAUUCAGCUCUCCAGAGUGCUCUCUCUGUAGAGUCAGAGUUUCCUUUUACCACAUCUCCAACGAGAAGAUCUACGACCUGCUGGAGCCUCAUGUGAGUGAGGUGUGCCGUAUCCAUGACACAGAGGAGGCGGUGCUUCUGGAAGGCCUGAGAGAGGUGGAGGUAAGCUCCGCCGAGGAACUGCUGCAGGUGUUCCGCCGUGGGACCGCCCACAGGAAUGCAGGGGUCUCUAAGGGAGAUUUUGCCAGCAAGUCUCACAUGGUGUUCAACAUUAUAGUCAUAAAUAUGAGAGGCCAGUUUAAAGAGGGACUUUUAACAGCCAGCAAGCUCACUCUGGUGGAUCUUGCGAGUUCAGGAAAAGCUGUGUUCCGCAAUUCUGCGGUUCAGGAUGUGAGGAGGAGUUUCCAUGUAGCUCCAGAAAACCUGCAGGAGGCCAAAACUCUCAAACGCUCCCUCACCAUCUUCAGAAACGUGAUAUUUUCUCUGAGUGCUGCAGGCUGCCAGCAUGUUCCAUACAGAGAGUCCAAACUCACUCGUGCUCUGAGAGACUGUCUUGGAGGAAACUGUCGGACAUGCCUGCUGGUAUCUGUGGCGACCCUGUCAUCCUCAGUCACUGAGACUAUGAGCUGCUUGCAGUUUGCUGCCCGAGCCAUGAGUGUACCUUCACGGUCAAUACACUCCUCACAGAUGUGCUAUACAACUGCACAGGUGCAAAACGUGUGGGCGACGGAAAAGAGUGCCCAUCUGCUGACCAGAGCACAGAUGCUUCCACCUGUCAGUGCGGACAGAAGAUCUCAGGCCUCUCUGCCCCCUAUCCUGGCCACCUCAGGGCCUUUGGCCAAACCCAAACCCAGGAGCAGCUUGGACAGCUCAGAGAGCCACUCUUUCCUCCCUCAGUUGGAGAAACCAUCACCGAUGGAGCCGAAUGGACGCUACAGCCGCGGAUCUCAGAGUAUGGGGGAGAAGAGCAGAGCUGUGGACAGCAAUAGAGUUUGUGUUUUGAAAGGUGCCGUCCCGCUGUCCCACUCUGGCAUUGUUCUGUCUUCAUCCUCUUCCUCACUUGCCUCCUCACUCGCUUUAGGCGCUGUCACAGAGUGCUCCAACUGCAAACAGGAGCGAAAGAUCAGGGAGGAAUACGACAAAUUCAUCAUUCAGGUGAAGAGGGACAGAGACAGCCUGAGCCAGAGGGUGACUGAGCUAGAGAAGGAGCUGAGGAAGAGAGGAGGAGAGGAGAGAGAGAGCAGAAGAGAGGGGAGAGAGAGCAUUAGAGAAGGGACAGAGAGCAGAGAAGAAGACUGGAAGCCCUUUCUGAAAAACAGCUCUAGGCCGUGCUCUGGGUGCCACGACAACAUGGACUCACACACCUCACACACACACAUGGAGAGACACUCCUCACACACACACACAGUCACCACGAACACAGAGAUGCUUCUCAUGUCACACUGUGUUUCUCAACAGUGCACGACUGACCUUCCCCACGGAAGUAAGUGCUGCUUUAGUUUGUGUUCAAGCUUCCCUGAAUCGUCAGAGUGUGGAUUUACGGAGAGAUCAUCUGAGCCAACCUCACACUCCUGCCACUGUGACCCAGCACAGCACAAACCCAGCCUCUACAAACAGCUGCGGAGGGAGCACAGCCUGCUGCUGGACGUGAUGCUGGUGCUGUAUAAGAGGGAGUGGUUCCUGCAGGAUGCCAUGCCCUACGUCCGCCGCACGCUCAGGAAGUGUGGCCUCUCACUCGAACACACAGAUUAA